AUGGCUUUCGGACGAACCCUGAUCGCUGCACUGGCAGCCGCGCCACUGAUCGCUUGUUUCCCUGCUCCUACUGGCGGUUUUGAAUCUUCUGAUGUUAUUUCUCAUGGCAAAAUCGUUGUUUUCGACUCCAAAGUCGAAUCCGCUGUCUAUGUUCCCGAGGUCGUUGUCUGGGAUGAGAAAAAUGAGGUCACAACCUCCACUCAGACGGUUCUACAUCUUCCUCUGAGUAUGGCAUCGGACUAUGCAGCUGGAAAUAUGAUUUCAUCCAGCGAACCAACAGUCACAACGACCAUGACCUCGUUUUCCACGCAGACUGUGACAGUGCCUGCGCCGACUCAUUCGGCAUCCACUAGCUAUUUGCCAUCUUCCAGUGCGAACUCGACUGAGCUUUUUGGCGUCUCCUAUGCACCAUACCGCGCCGAUCACGGAUGCAAGACCCAGGAGGAUGUCAAUGAUGACGUGGAGCAGAUGGCUGGGAAGUACUCUGUCAUUCGUGUCUACGGCACAGAUUGCGACCAAGUUCCAAUGAUGUACAAGGCUGCCAAGAAGACGGGAAUGAAGCUCUUUCUCGGUAUUUGGGAACCCUCUGCUGUGCAGGACGAAGCCAAUAAGAUCAUUGCUGGCGUCAAUGGUGAUUGGGAUAUGGUUCACACCGUCAGUGUUGGCAAUGAACUUGUCAACAGUGGUCAAGCAUCUCCGCGCGACAUCGUCGCUGCAGUGAAAUCCGCUCGCUCUAUACUCCGUGCGGCGGGCUACCAGGGUCCGGUUGUGACCGUUGAUACUUUUAUGGCGGUUCAGGCUCACCCCGAACUCUGUGAUGCUUCCGACUACUGCGCCAUGAAUGCUCAUCCGUUCUUUGACAGCACUACUACUGCUUCUCAUGCAGGACGGUGGUUAAUUAACACCAUCGCUCGCGUUAAGACUGCUCUGUCCAACUCUAAGAGAAUUGUCAUAACCGAGACCGGGUGGCCAACCAAGGGGCUUGCCAAUGGUCUUGCUGUUCCAGGCCUUGCUAACCAAAAAAUGGCUUUGGACUCUAUUCAGAAGGCUUUCACUACCACUCCCGGCGAUAUCAUCCUCUUCUCCGCCUUCAAUGAUCUCUGGAAGGUUAAAGCUGCCUCAACAUUCAAUGCUGAUCAAUUCUGGGGAAUCAACGGCGCUGUCGCCAAAUGCGACUCGUAA